ACAAGGCGGCUGGGCUCUGCCAGGCGUUUUUUUUAGGAGAGCAGGGGAGGGGCAGUGGCCAGACACCAGCUGACCCCGAGAUCACAGAAAAAGCCAAGGCUGGGCUGGACGACCCCACCCAGGUUGUUAGGAAAUGGGAAGGGGGUGGUCAGCAUGCCAGGGCAGAUGGGCAGGUCCAUUGGGAAAUGUGGCGACUCCUGCUUAACCCUCAAACGGCCAUCUGCUCAGUGCAGGGACCCCAGGAGCUGCCCAAGGAGACCCAUCCAUGGGCAGGGUAGCCAAGCACAGGGGCUUCCUUUCCUGGACUCCCCAAACCUAGCCAAGCACCAACACCUCACAGGCUGUUCCAAGGGACACCCCCAUGCCCCUCCCCUCUUGCUGGCCCGACUCUGCAGGCCUAGGCUGAAAGGGGGCGGUGCCCACAAGACAGGGCCCUGCCUGCUCUCAGAGCUGCACCUCGGCCCCCCUUGGACCCUCAGGGUGGAUUCAGGGUGGAUGCAGCUCCCAGCCUCACCCCUGUGCCAUCUACACCCAGGACACUUGGCCGCCAGACAGGAGGGGGUUAAUGGAGCCCAGGGUAGUGGGGAUGGGUUGGCCUGUGAGAGGGUGCUGGCUGCCCUGGAGGUGGGGAAAUCCAGAGGGCAGGAAGAGCCAGCCCCCAGCAGACCUGCUGCCUAUUUUGCACGCGGGAUGGCCCCGAGGAAAGGAGGCCUGGCCCUGGUGGUGUUGCUGGUCUCCUGGGCAGCACUAGGCCCCUGUGGCCUGGAGGGAGUGGAGCAAGGAGUGCCAGGGGACACCGAGGGCCUGCAGUGCCCAGCUGUUUGCACCUGCGGCCACGAUGACUACACGGAUGAGCUCAGCGUCUUCUGCAGCUCCCGGAACCUUACAGAGCUGCCUGACGGCAUCCCAGAUGGCACCAGGGCCCUGUGGCUGGAUGGCAAUAACUUCUCCUCCAUCGCCGAGGCAGCCUUCCAGAACUUCUCUGGCCUGGGCUUCCUCAAUCUGCAGGGCAGUGGGCUGGCCAGCCUGGAGUCAAAGGCGCUGCUGGGCCUACAGAACCUGUACCACUUGCACCUGGAGCGGAACCAGCUGCGCAGCCUCGAAGCCGGCACCUUCCUGCACACACCGAGUCUCGCCUCACUGGGCCUCAACAACAACCUCCUCAGCAGGGUGGAUGAUGGCCUCUUCCAAGGCCUAGCCAACCUCUGGGACCUCAAUCUUGGCUGGAACGGCCUGGCCGUGCUUCCUGACACCGUGUUCGAGGGCCUGGCCAACCUGCGUGAGCUGGUACUCGCAGGCAACAAGCUGACUUACCUGCAGCUCCCCCUCUUCUGCGGCCUCAGCGAGCUCCGGGAGCUGGACUUGAGUAGGAAUAUUUUGCGAAGCAUCAAGGCCAACAUCUUUGUCAAGCUGCCCAAGCUCCAGAAGCUCUACCUGGACCACAACCUCAUUACCGCCGUGGCCCCAGGCGCCUUUCUGGGCCUGAAAGCACUGCGCUGGCUGGACCUGUCACACAACCGUGUGGGCGGCCUCCUGGAGGACACCUUCCCAGGCCUGCUGGGCCUGCACGUCCUGCGCCUGUCACACAACGCCAUCACCAGCCUGCGGCCUCGGACCUUCAAGGACCUGCAUUUCCUGGAGGAGCUGCGGCUGGGCCACAACCGCCUCCGGCAGCUGCCAGACAAGGCCUUCGAGGGCUUGGGCCAGCUGGAGGUGCUCACACUCAACGACAACCAGAUCCAGGAAGUCAAGGCAGGUGCCUUUCUAGGCCUCUUGAACGUGGCUGUCAUGAACCUCUCUGGCAACUGUCUGCGGAACCUUCCAGUGAGAGUGUUCCAGGGCCUGGCCAAGCUGCACAGCCUGCACCUGGAAGGCAGCUGCCUGGGCCACAUCCGCCAGCACACCUUCACCGGCCUCUCGGGGCUGCGCCGGCUCUUCCUCAAGGACAAUGGCAUCACAGCCAUCGAGGAGCAGAGCCUGUGGGAGCUCCCCGAGCUCCUGGAACUUGACCUCACUUCCAACCAGCUCACGCAGCUGCCCAGUCAGCUCUUCCAGGGCCUUGGCAAGCUGGAGUACCUGCUUCUGUCCCACAACCGGCUGUCGGCACUGUCCGCAGAGGUCCUGAGGCCCCUGCAGCGCACCUUCUGGCUGGACAUCUCGUACAACCACCUGGAGGCCCUGCCGGAGAGCAUCCUUUCACCACUAGGGCGGCUGCGCUACCUCAGCCUCAGAAACAACUCCCUGCAGACCUUUGUGCCACAGGCCCCUGGCCUGGAGCGCCUGUGGCUGGAGGGCAACCCCUGGCAUUGUGGCUGCACCCUCCGGGCCCUGAGGGCCUUUGCCCUGCAGCACCCCACCAUCGUGCCACGCUUUGUCCAGGCUGUCCUAGAGGGGGACGACUGCCAGUCACCUGUGUACACCUACAACAACAUCACCUGUGCCAGCCCGCCCGGCCUCUCCGGACUUGACCUACGUGACGUUGGCGAGGACCACUUUGCUUACUGCUGACCCAAGUCUUGUCCAGGCCAGACGCCGCCGUGGAGCCAGAAUGAGUCCUCGCCGUUCCCAGAGCCUGGUGGUUGCUCCACCCCUCAACUCCCAGGGGCCAGGCUCUCCUGAUGGGGGUCUCUUCCUCAGGGAACACACAGGCCCAGGGGUUUCGCUGGCAUGGGCUCGGGACAUGUGGGUGCUGACCUGGUCCCUGAGGGGCCAGAUCAGGAGGGUUGGGGGCUCAACCCUCCCCAGCUGUCAUCCAUUAAAAGCAAUGUUACAAACCCUGCCUGUGACCAGAGGGGUGAAA